AUGACCGCGAAACAAGAUGCAUUCAUUACAAAAUGGUUCCCGCAAGCCGUGACACACUACAACAAUAUGCUCAAGCGGAGCAGCGACGAACUGUGGUCGACUUUGGGCACCGAGGACGCUCGGCGCGCUUUUAUCCUCUACCAAAUAUUCUGUUCAGAGUUCGCCAAACAUCGCGAGGAGUUCAUCCGCGAGCGCCUUAACACGCCCGAUAAGAGCAGAGAGAGGAUUUGCGGGGCAUGGGGAAGAUUCUUCGUACAGAUGAAAAGGCUCAGAGAGGCCACCAAUGUUCUCCUCUUGGUAUGGGAGGCAUAUAAGAACGGACAUAUGGGUCAUGAGAAGCAACAAUGGUUCCAAAGGCGACCUGAGGCCUUUCAAGAGUUUGUCCAAACGUUUCCAGAAACACUCGAGGAUGCCGCAGCAAGAGGGUCCUGGUCUUAG